AUGCUCUCCAAACGACAGAAACCGCAGCCGCAACUGCAGGUCCCAGUUCCGACUUUCCCCCUAUCAUCACCUAUCACCGAGGAAGUGGAGGGUUCCUCGUGCUCUUCUGCCGAGGACCACGAGUUGGAACGGAGUCGACCGUUUGAUUUCCUGGUCAAGUCCACGCGACAAAAGGUCGAGAGGUCACAGAAAGAGGGGAACCGGUCUCCGAAUAUCUCGAAUUCGCAUCGUGGCUAUGGAGAUACCCCAAGGCUGAGCCUGCGUGGCAUUACAAAAAAAAAGAAAGCCCCCAAACCGGUCGGCCUCAAUUUAGUCACGGACUUUUCACUUUCAGCCCCUUCACCCAAAAGGCAACUCGAUGAUAUCACAGCUCCAUUUGUGGACUUGAAUGAUCUGAAACAACUAUCCAAGGCUCGAGAAAAAGAACGCUCAGCACAAAAGGACAAGACAAAGAGCGGCUCUCGAAGGAGAGCUCCUCGGACUGGGCCACCUCAGGAACCAAGUGAUCACGAUGUGUCCUUUCUCAGCCCAGAUGCCGAAAAUAGACCUAACAAUCGAUCCGAGUCCGGUCUAUCACCCUCCGAUCGUCAUGUUAUGAUCGGUCUGACGGUUCCAUACCACGAAUCCUCGGAUCGAGCAAGGGAACUCGACAGUGCAGGCGACCAACCGCUCACUCCCUCGAUAAUCGUCACUCCUGCCUGUGAAGAAGCGCCCUGGUCUGUAGACACGGCCAGUCUAGAAGGAACACGACCCCGAGCAACAUCCAGCGUAUAUUCUCAACCCACACCACGUCUUUGGGAUAGUGAGACUGAUAUCCCACCGGUUCCUGCCAUCCCCAAGGAACAUUCCAUGUCCAAAAAGCAAACCGAGGCUGAGUAUUUAAAUGCCCAUUUUGCUGCUAUGACACGGAAGCGCCAGUCUCUUUCGGCUGAAACGAUUUUCGAGAAUGAUAGCCCGGAUGAGGAAUGUUCACGCGUUGUCGAUGAUAAUGAUCAGAGCCCGUUGAAUCGGCUGAGUGUUAACACGGAAGCGAGCCGGCCACAAUCUCAAGGAUGGUGGAACGUAUUGCUCUCACCUUUACUCGGUCGUUCGGAUACACUUUCUAGUAAGAAGUCUCCACUCAGCCCAUGGUUUUCUCGGGCGAGUCCAUCUACGCCCAUAUCACAAGCAGUCCGGGCGAAGGAGAAGAUAAAGGAAAAAGAGAAGGAGGUUUCUUGUUUCUCGCCUGAUACACCAGAGACAGUCGUGGUAGAUCAGUGGCAGGAAAGAAACAAAGGUCUCGAGCAAUAUCGCUCUCUCGAUGAGGCCGUCCCGCCAGUCCCAAAUAGACAAACUGCCAUGUCGAUGAUGUUCCAGGGAAAUCGGGUUCAGGGCGAAGCGGCAGAGUACUACCAGGCUUGUGCACAUGAGCUGUUCAGCAAAACGCCAUAUUUUGACUGUUUCAAUCAUGUAUGUUCGAUUACGCCGCCUACUAUUAUUUCAAGCCAGCCAGGCCUCGAGGCAACCGUCACGGGCGAUCGAGGGCUAGCUUUGGCUGAAGCUGAGCUUCUGCAUGAUCCAUCGGAGAUAAAGGAUGAUGAAGUUACGAUUGCUGCUCGUGGAUUGCUCAUUGAUGUGGAUACACCUUCUCAAGAUGCCAUGAAGAAUUCCGAGUGCGCAAAAUGCUCACAUUUGCGGGUUUCAACGAGCAGUACUGCUUCUUGGGCUUCCACUGCAGUCGAUACUGUAAUUGGUGAUGAGAAGAGUCCACCCGAAAUGCCACAGAACACAAGGGACUUGGUUAUUGAGCCUCCUAUUCCAAAUCCUACUCCACCCAACACCCUGGAGUCGGCUCCAGCGCCAGCUAUCUGUCCACCAGAGCCAGCCCCAGUCCCGGCUCCGGCUCCGGCACCCUACUUGCCCCCGGGGCCCUUGAUGAGAGAAGCAGAGCCAGCUUCUGAACCGUAUAUUCCACCACAACCCCCGGCUCAAGCACCACAUUCGGAGAUGGCAACUUCAGCUCCCGCGCCUUACUUCCCACACGAGCCCCCGGCCCAAGCUCAGCCUCCGCAGAUUAUCAAUAACUACCACUAUGCUGUACCGCCUUCCGAAAUCCCUCCUCAGGCUCAAGUCAUAGUUGAGAGAGCAAUGCCUCGUUAUAUCCCAGUGUACCCCUCGAACAAUCCUUUCUUUCCUCCACAGGAACAACCCCAGCCUGCAGUUUCAGGAUGGCUAGUGGGACCUGCAGUUCCUCAGUCGCACUCCGAGGAGCUAUCCCAGGAGCCAGAUAUCACCAAGAUGCCCGAAGAAUUCCAAGAUAGACCACGAGAUGUACCACAAGAGCAUGAAAGAACACUUGAGCUUCUUGCGCCACCAGAGCAACAUGGGCCACCCCAGGCGUCAGAGCCUAUCUCUCCUGGCUUCCAGCGUGCUGCAGGUGGACCUGGGGCCAUUCAGCUGUCUGAAGUCAAUGCCCCGGCACCUGCAUAUGCACAGCACCACAGAGAUGCCCCUCUUCCAGAACGACAUGAUCUCUACCCGACUCCAGGGGCGGCAGUGAUGAACCCCACGGGAGAAAUAGGGCCUGGUGAAGCUCGCCGACGUAGGCUGGAACGCGAAGAUGCCGUAGGGAAGAAAGUCGGUGGUCUUUGGCGUGGACGAGGCUGUUUCAGCAAAAAGGGCUGCUUUGGACGCCCCGGGCGUGAAGGUCGCCUUCGCCGAAGAUGGUAUCUUUUCAUCGGCUUGUUCUUCCUCAUUAUUGUGGUUGUGGCGGUUGCUCUGGCUACUACAUUGACGAAGAAGGGAGACGAGACGCAGGUUCAGUCGCAGUGGGUCAAUCUGACGAAUUAUCCGCCUAUCCAAACUGGCAUUAUGACAAUCGCUGGAACGGAGGCUCAAAUCCAGGAUUCUGGGUGUAUCAAUAUUGAGACCCUGUGGAGCUGUGCACUUCCUAAGGGUACACAGCAGACUCAGAAUGAACCUUAUGCCGCAAAUCAACCCACUUUUCGGGUUGAGAUUCGCUACCGCAAUGAGACCUCGAACACCACUAGUAGUUCGAAUUCGACAACCAAGCGUGACAUCUGGACGGCGGAUCCAACUCCUCCGAGUAUCGCGGAUCAGACCUUCCUUGGAAAUACAACAGAUGAUAACGCCAAGCCUUAUGCUGGUGAGGAGACGCCUUUUUACCUGUCUGUCCUGUCAUCGGCACAUCUGUCAUCGACGAAUAUCUUCCGCCGCGGUACCAAUUCUUCAUCCCUCAUCCCUGCUCCAACAGAGGACUCAGAUGGUUCAGCAGCAGCGGUAACACUGUACCCACUCCCCUCCUCCCAGCCAGUCCGUCUCUAUAACCGAGGAGAGCCAUCGGAGCAUUACGGUUUCUAUACAUACUUCGACAAGUCCAUCUUCCUCCAAUCAAAAGCACCUCUCAACGAUAGUACAGAAGAUUAUGAUUCCGAAGAUAACAACGGUGGCUCCACCCAAGCAGAAGCCAAAGCACGCUGUACCUGGUCACAGACUCGCUUCCUUGUCCAGAUCUGGACAAACCCAUCCGGUAUGGGCUACUCUCUCCUUUCUUCCACGAGUGCCACAGCCACCGCGACAGCGACGUCUACAUCUACAUCUACAUCUUCAACGGCUACGUCGUCUUCAUCUGCGACGGAUUAUACUCGCCCUGGUUCUUUCCCGUACCCUGUCACGGUGACUGUAGAUCGACACGGUGGCGAUGCUGGUAAGAAGAGGGUUUAUUGUUAUGGGAUUGAGGAUAAUGGUCACUACAAUUUCACUGAGGCGAAGCUGCAGAUUGAGAAUCGGUCGGUUGGAGGGACUUUGAUUAAUCCUGCUUCUGACUCUACUUCUUCGUCGGCUUAUGGUGGGAUUGAUGGUGGGACGGGGGGUUGUGAGUGUCAGUGGGUAAAUUGGAUAUCUACUUCAUAG